AUGUUCAAGAUACCCGAGCACGUUUCUCAUGAGGCUGCCGUAAUACCCACGGGUAUUUCCACGGCAUCCUACGAGCUUUUCGAACACACUGUCUUGGGCUGUGUCUACCUACUCCAUAAUCCGGAGGCAACCUCCAUGCUAAAGGAUUGUUGGUUAUCUAAGGCAGAAGUACGGGCGCUGGGUGCAAUGCCACCCAGCUGGCCGUCGCUGCUGGCGCAGAAUGCAAAAUAUCAUUGGCGCCAUCUCAAUCAGCAAACCUCGCUGGGAGCAUGCAUGGAGAUUCUAGCGAGGACCGAGAGCUCCAAGCUCACUGCGGGGAUCGAUAUGAAAGGUGUGUUCUCUCUAUCGACCAAUCUGGUGCUGCUGGCAAACAUGCCCUACAUGCUCUACUUCAACGAAGAUCUGACUCAAGGCUUCACAAGCGGUAGUAAAGUUGGGCCGGCAAAUUACAAUGACUUUUUUUCCCGGGGCACCAGCUCUAGACACAUUUGCUCCUUCACUAAGAUGUACGUGGUGGACAAAGGACUCGAGAGUACCCAGGAGGCUUGCGAUAUCCUCAGGGCGAAGGUGUCCAAUAAGAAGUUCUAA